CGUCGACAUGGUGUUGGAUAUGCCACCGACCAAAUUGAUAAUAGCCUAUGUGCUCGACUGGGUCUUGCUCAUUUUCGCCACGCCAUACCAUCGCCCUUUCUCCCUCAUCGACCUCGCCAUCAGUUACCCCUAUGUGGAGAACGAUGAAAUUUCAACAGCACUACUGGUAAUUCUUUCCCUGGUGCUACCAGCUGUUGUCAUAGCAGUUGUGACUGCAUUAUUCGUACCUGCCUUUUCACGCUCCCGUCUCCGCGAUCAACGAUACUGGAAACGCAAACUUUGGGAAUUCAAUGCUGGGUGGAUGGGUCUGGGACUCAGUUUCGCACUUGCCUUUUUCAUCACCACAGGCAUCAAAAACCUUAUUGGCAAACCGCGACCAGAUCUGUUGGCUAGAUGUCAACCUGAUUUGAACGAUAUCGCAGCGCACGUAGUUGGCGGUUACGGUCAAGAUAUAUCGCAAAGAUGGACAUUGGUCAGCUCGUCCAUUUGCACGCAAACAGAUCGCAAACUCUUGAAUGAAGGCUUCCGCAGUUUUCUGAGUGGACACUCAUCAAUGAGUUGGUCUGGCCUCCUUUACCUCUCCCUCUGGCUGGCCUCCAAAUUCAACAUGCUGAUUCCAUAUCUCGGCCACGGAACACUCGCCAAACGCAACGAUGAAGACGAUAUCGAGCAAGAAGCCAGAGAACGCGCGGCCGCACCCCCAGUCUUUGGCGCCAUUAUAGUGUUAAUCCCUGUGUGUCUCGCCUUUUUCAUCUGUUCGACUCGCUAUGUGGAUUUCAAGCACCAGGGUAUCGAUAUCUUUUCUGGCGCGGUGUUGGGCAUCAUGACUUCAUGGAUUGGAUUUCGCUGGUAUCAUGGGAGUUUGACCAGAGGACAACCUUGGACAUGGAGUCCUAGAUCCAAGGACCGUGCUUUUGCUGUCUCUAGUGGGACGAAUGGGUGGAUUGGCGAUGGCAUUGUGAUGAGGGAGAGGGUGCAAAGGAUCAGAGAUGUUGACGUUGACGUUGAGGCUGGUGGUUCCAAUAUUCCUAUUGUUAAG